AUGGAAUAAUAAUUAGAAAUAAAAUAUAAUAUUUUUACAAUACAAGAAAUAAUACAAAAGAAUUUUAGAGCUCCCCUAAUUGCAAUUGAAACUAAUUAAAUAAUUAAAAUUUUUCAAUUGGUGAAAAACAAUAAUUAAAUUCAUCAAAUUCAUCUUAAAACUUGUGAUGGUGAGAUUAUGGCAUAAGAUAAUGAAACCAAUUUAGCAUUUUCUUAUAAUUGUUUUUAUUUUGCAUAUUCUAAUAAAUAAUCCAUAAACAUUUACUAAAUCACAAGCCCGUAAAUUGUUAAAUUAGCAACUAUAAAUAUUGAUUUUGAAGUUAAAAAGAUUGAAUUAGCUGAAACUGGGAUGAUUUGCAUUUUAAGUUAGGGUCGCCUUAUUCUUUAUAAUCUUUUUUAAAUACAUAAAAUUACGAAUAGCAUUGAAAUAUAAGAAAAUAAAUUCAAAAAAAAAUUUAAAUCCCUUAAAUUAAACUAUAAUGACAAAUUGUUAGCUCUUUAAUCUGAAAAUAUGAUUGAUUUUUAAGAUCUUUCUGAGAUUGAUUCUAAUAAUGCUUAUAAAGGUAGUUUAAAAGCAGAUAUGUUUUCCACUUCAAUAGACAAUAAAACAUUUGCAAUACUUAAUGGAACAACAAUAGAAUUUUAUGAUUUUGAUUUGAAAAAAAAUUUAAAGCCUUCACAUAUAUUAGAAAUUGAAAAUGAAUAAAAUUUAUUAAAGAUAUAGUUUAUAGAGGAUCCUAAUUCAAUCUUAGUUAUUUAUCCUGAUAAUAUUCAAAUUUGGAAUCAUAAAUCUAAAAAAAAAGAAAUGUCUAUUGAAGGUUUUUAUGACUAUAGAACAUAAGUAUCAAUAAAUACAGAUGUAGCAGUGAUUGAAUAAUCAGAAUUAAAAAUUUAAAUUAAUAAAAAUGUAAAAUCAAGAAAUACUAAUUAAUAAAAAUAAAUAUUGCCUAAUAAGGAUGAAUAUAGAUUCUAUGCGAACUGUCCACAAUUUACAUCAGACGGUUAAAAUAUAGUAUUUUAGAAAAUAAGUGUAGGAAUUAUGUUUCAAAGUUUAUAAGAUCCAAAGUUAAAAUAUACUUAUAAAUUAUGUAAUGGAUAAUAAUUUCGGAAAUUUUUACCCUAGAGUAAUUUAUUAAUAACUAACGAUAGAAAUUUUUAUUAUUUUUGGGAUGCUUCUAUAUUGGACAAUAUAAAUUUACUUCAUAAAACUCUAAAUAGAAAUCACCAAAUUUUCUUUUUUAAGUAAUUACUAAUAUUUAGACAGAAUUUUAUUAGGGUUUGGUGUAUUUAAAACCUUAAAGAUAUUAUAAAUAAUAGUUAUGACAAUAUACUUGAUACAGGAAGUUUUGGUAUUGGAUAUGUCCUAAUGAAACUAAAUAUUAUAAAAUAAAUAAUAAUAAGAUCUCAAUAUGGAAUUUAAAAGAAAGAGCAAGAUCUUCAGAGGAGGACUUCAUAGGGCAUAUUGGAAAUAUUAAGAUAGUUAACUUUACCUAAGAUGAAAAAUAUAUGGUAUCUAUAGAUCAGAGUGGUUUAAUAAUAGUAUGGAAUAUGUUGAACCAUUAAAAUAUUAAGAUCUCUCAUGGAGUUAUAGAUUUCAAAGAAGACUAUAGUUGUAACUUUGUGAAAAUAUAGGAUUCUUUAGGAAUAACAUGUGAGAUUUAAAAUGAAAUUGUGAUUUUUGAUCUCAAGGACUUCAAAAGCUAUGAAAUAUAUCACAUAAUUCCUAAAUAAUAUAAUAUUAUUAGAUACUAUGUUUUUUCAAAAGGUAAUAAAUUAGCCAUUCUUUAGAAAAAUGAAGCUGAAAAUAAAAGGAUUUAAAUAAGUAUUUUUAAGGUUGAUACUAAGGAAAUAAUUGAAAAUAUUAAUAUAUCAGAUCUUUAGAUGUUCAUUUGCUGAUAGUGAAGAAUAUUUCAUAAAGGAUAUUGAAAAGGAAUACAGAAAAGAUGUUAUUACACAAGAAUACAUAAAAUAUGGUAUUACACUAGAUACUAAUCGUUUUUGGAUGUAUAAUGUUAAUUUGGAGCUUUUAGAGAUACAUAAUUUUAACAGUUCAAGUGGCGCUCCGCCAAUUUAUAAAAUUUAUGUUCCUUUUGAUUUUUUUAGAGGUAAUAUAAUCAGUGUAGGAAACAAAUAUUUAACUUAUUGCUAUUACGACUAAUUUAGAAUUAUUGAUUUAGAACUUUAUAAAUAAUAAGUCUAUGUUUUUGUUUUGGACAAAGACUUACGCUUAUAUGGUUAGUUGCCAGAUGACACUUUAAUCUUAUUGAAAGUAGAUAAUUAACAUUGGUAUCCCAAAUCUUAUCACUUAUUUAACUAUAAAAGUGAUUAGCAGCAAAUUUAAACAUUAUUUGAAAAAGAUUGUAAUAGAUUUAUUUUAGCUUUUUCAAAUGAUGGUUAAUAGUGUGCUUAAGGUUGGGACGAUGGGGAUAUAAUAAUUUUUAAGGUAUAAAAUGAUAAAAAAUGGAGUAAAUAUGACUGUUGGAACAGUAAAUAAAUAAGAAUAAAACAUCUAAAAUUUAUUUAAAAUGAUGAAAUUUUAAUUAGUUCUUAAGAUAAUGAAUUAUCUUUUUGGAAUAUGAAGAAAGAAACAAUAUAAGAAAGAAGAUUAAUUUAAUAGAUUAAAAUAGAUUUUGAUAUUGAAAAUAUAGUUGUUUCUCCUAAUGGAUAUAUUUCAUUAUAAUUAAAAGGUGGAAUUAUAUUAAUUCUAACUAAUGAUCAGUCAAAGUGUAAUAUUGAGAAUGAAAAUUACAAAAAACAAGUAAUAUAUAAUAUUAAUAUAGUAUUUCGGUUGUUAUAGAUCUUUUCCAAAAUUAGAAUAAAUAUAGACAAAAAAUUGCAUUAUAUAAAACUCAAUUAUUGAAAAUUAGGAUGAUGAAUCAAUAUUACAUCUUUUUUCUAAUUAAGAAAUGAAAGAAUUUGAAUCGGGUUUCAAUAAUGAAGAGACUUAAGAAUGA